CAUAAGAGCGACAAUAGUGUGCACUUCACGCAUGCGCCGGCCCUGUCCAACACAGCCCUUUUCUCUCCUCCUCAUUUGCUUUUUCUCCCAUUUUCUCUCUCUCGGGACUAUUAAUAGGCGAGCUGAGCGUUUCUUCUCAGUAGGUUGUUUUGAGAUAUACGGCAUUUCAAAACUUGUUAUUAGCCAUAGCCUAGACUGUUAGCAAUCCCCCCGUGAAGCUAGCACUAGAGUGUAACAACCCCUCUGUAACCUGGUCAAGAGUUCAAGAUAUUGAAGAUGGCAAAUGAACACCCAACACCAACCACUGCAAGAUCUCUGCUCAGUGCCAUCCAGAAGAUAACUCCAGCCUCUAAGCCGCUCCCUGGCUAUGAGAACAGAAUCGUGUCACGCUUUCCGAUGGGGAUGUGCAUGGACGAGUGCUACCCUGGCCUGUACAUUGGGGAUCUAGGAGCAGCCAAGAACAAGGAUUACCUGAAGCAAGUAGGAAUAACACACGUUGUGAACACGGCUCAGGGGAACAAGUUUGCUACAGUUGACACAGAUGAAGCUUACUAUAAAGAUGUUGGUAUCAAGUACCUUGGCAUGAAGCUCCUAGAUAUACCCACUGCUAACAUAGCUCAGUUUUUUGAAGCUGGAGCAGAUUUUAUUGAUGAAGCUCUCUCAAGUGGGGGUAAAGUGCUGGUCCAUUGUUUCAUGGGAAUCUCUCGCUCAGCCACCAUUGCAUGUGCCUUUCUGAUGUUGAAACGGAGACUUGGUGCUCAAGAAGCACUGGAGACUCUCCGCAAAAACAGAUCCAUUUACCCCAAUGAUGGCUUUCUCAACCAAUUGGCAGACUUGGAUAAUAAGCUUCGCAAAGAACGUGGGGAACUUUAAUUGAGUGAUAAAAAAAGUUGGCAGUGGAGAAAGUGUCUUAGAUUUUUUUGUAUUUGAUUCUUUGUAUAUUAUUAAUUUUUUGAACCAAUCACCUUACUGUUGAUAAGAGUUAUGAAUUUAGCACCACACCAAGCACUUUGAUUUAUAUUGCAUUUUCUAAAGUAAGAAGAAAAGGUAAAGAUAUGUAUUACAGUAAGGAAUGUUGCUUUUUCAUUAUUAUUAUUUUCUAUUUUGAGACAUGUAUUAUAAAGAGGAAAGAAACAAGAGAGGCAUCCUUGACACAUUUCAUUCACAAAGACCAUGAGCUUAUUGUAUCUGUUCUCAUUCUUAAAGUACAUAUUCUUAAAGAGCAAAACUUCACCAUUACUGGGAAAUGUGUACACAUGUGUAUUAUAUAAUUCUGUUCUCUGUUGUUAAUUUUUCUUUUUCUUUUAGUUGAUUUAUACAUUACUAGUUUUGAUUUGGAUAAUCUAAAGCUCUUAAUGUUGCAUUUUGCAAUUCAAAACAGUCAAGGAAUUUUCCAUAUUUUUUUCUUUUGCUUUUUAGUACGUUAAAUGAUAGUAUGCCAUAGCAUGACAGAUAAUUAACUUGCAUAUUGUGCUAUUACAGUGCCGGGUAUAUUUUCAUAUCCUCUAGGAUAAGUAUACUAUUGUACUGCAUCUGAUAUCUGUUGUGCUCAGCUUAUUAGAGUUUGCAGGAAAAGUCGACCAAAGAGUCAAACACAGUGUUAAUGAUUUGGAUUUUCUCCCAUGGAUCUCUGCCAAUCGACCUUCUAUCUUCUACACAAAAAAUGUUUUAUUUAGAAAGGUUAAUUUUCAGUGCAGUUUGGUGAUUCUUGUGCUUGGAAGUAACCAAGGGAGAGCACUGAUGUAGUUAGUGUCCAAGACUUAAUGUUAUUAUGAAAUUUGUGGAUUUAAGCACUUUUGUUUUGUACCCUUCAGCUCUUGAUAUUCUUAAGGGGUAUUAUGUAUGUAACAAUAGAAUCAUCUCUCUGAAGUACAAGUAAACCUCGUCUUACAGUAAUGCUCACACUUCAUAAUAAGGAGAUAAGAAGAUAAGGUAAUUUUCAUUACUGUUUCCUGUAGACAAUUUUGUAGAUAACGUUUCCUGUGCAGUGAAGGAAACAAAUCAAGAACUUAUUUUAUUAUGCUCAGAAAUGCUCUACUAGAUUUGAGAGGAGUGUUUAGGUCGUUUUCUUUCUUCUGUUUCUUUUUUUGUGGUAAUACCUUUGUGAAGGUAUGUUUCUUGCUUUUCCUCCUAAACACAGAGUGAAGUAGUUAGUAAAUCAUAUUAUCAAAGAUGUUAGAUGUAAUGUUAGGUGUACAAGAAAAUGUAUCGUAGAAGGUUCUGUCAUGAACUUUUCCUAAAUCUUGUUAUGACAAUUUUCCAUGAUGGUGAUAACAAUCAUGUUUUCUCUGCUCAAAAGAAAAAAA